AUCAACUCAACAAAUAGUUGGUUCCAUUCCCAACAGAGUAACAAAAAUAGCCUCCCUUCACGUUCCUGCCACCACGUAAUCCAAUCCCCCUCUUUCUCUCUCUCUCUCCUCCAUCCUCAAAUUCAUGGGACUCAGAUCUCUAUUCAAGAAGAAGAAGGAGCCGGAGCCUGACAACGACAGCCUCCCAAUCGCAAUGGCAUCGAGAAUGGAGGACGAGCUGGAGAAGGUGUUCAAGAAAUUCGACGCGAACGGCGACGGGCGCAUCUGCGCGGAGGAGCUGGGGGCGAUCAUGAGCAGCCUGGGGCACCCGGCGUCGGAGGAGGAGCUUCGGGGGAUGAUCCGCGAGGCCGACGGCGACGGCGACGGCUUCAUCGACCUCCGCGAGUUCAUCGAGCUCAACAACACCAACGUCGACGAGGUGCACGAGACGCUCUGCCACGCCUUCCAGAUCUUCGACGCCGACAACAACGGCACCAUCUCCGCCGACGAGCUCCACAACGUCCUCCGCAGCAUCGGCGAGGAGUGCUCGCUCGACGACUGCAAGAGGAUGAUCAGCGGCGUCGACAUCGACGGCAGCGGCACCAUUGAUUUUCAUGAGUUUAAGGUCAUGAUGACCAAGGGCGCCCGCUUUGACCAUUCCAAAUCGGAAUGAUCAUUUAUGAUAUUCGGAGAUGAUUAAUGUUUUGCUGAUCGGAUCUCGAAGAUUUUACAUUUUUUUUAUUUGUUUAUAUUUUUUUUGUUAUUUUUAUGUUUUGGUGCUGAUUCUCUCUGGUAAUGGGUAUUUAGUUUAAUUUUUUUUUGUCUUUUUCAGUUUUAGUUUUUAUUUUGUUGAAACUUUUUUGUCGGGGUAAUAUAUG